UGUCCUGUUUCUCGCCCGUCGAUUUCUAUUCUUUCCAAUUGCUAAGAACAUAUUUGAUCACCACCAAGGAUACGUAUUUCGGCCAGUUCACAUAACCGCCCUGCCCCAUCGAAGAUCAAACGUUUUCCCCGCCUCUUGCUCCCCACCCUUGUCAUCAGACGUGUCUCGCCCGUGCGCUCGGUGCCAUUGAAUGGGACGAACCCCUGUUACCUGUGACCUAAUUACCCUGUGUGUCUGACCAGACCUAUUUUGGACCCUUGGACUCGGGAUUACUCCGUGAUCAAUUAAUCAUCAUGGCCACCCAAUUCGAUAUCCUGCACGACAACGAUUGCGGCACCGAUCAAACAGCCGCCACUCCCUCGAGAGUCUCUGCCACCGGUGCUACUGUUCUUGGCGAGCUUGCUGUCAAUACUCUUCACGAGGGCGGGACCCACGCCACUCCAGAGUCGUUAGCUCUCCAGCUUGAGAAACUACAUAUUCGCACUCCCGCCAAGAAGGUGAACGGCCAGACACUGAACCAGAUCCAAACAACCACAAAACCCUCUCCAGCCGUGCAGGUACCUGAAGGUUUAGAGCUACAUCAUCAACAUCCGCUACCCCUUGCCCUUGCAAGAAGUCGUCUCCCAACCAACGAAGAGCAGUUGUCAAAACACUUCGCAGGUCAGUUCGAGUGGGUGGUCGCCCUACCAGUCUGCCAGGGUUCAGCCACGAAGUACAAAGCUCACAGUAACGCUGCUCGAGACUCUCAAGACUCGACCGGGCGCAAAAAGCUCUACUUUGGCUGCAAUCUUGUCCAGCGCAACAGUCAAUCCGGAGGAGGGCGACAUAGAGAAGAUCAGUCAGCUGACUCGUACACCCUUAUAGCAACCCAGAUCGAAGGUGAUGAGGAUUCGGGCUUGGCGGAGACAGCGGUACCUUGGACUGCAGAAAACAUGACCGACUCCGGAGUCAAUGUCAGUCGCACAGGCUCCCAACAGAUGGCCAACACCGACGACAACGGCGAAAAGGCCCGCAGGACGUCUGAAAUCGUACUCGGUGGGAAGAACGAUGACAUUGUGGAACAUAUCAUUGCAUUGCCGCCGGCGAACCUGGCGUCUCGAAUUGAGGACUCCGUCGAAGCGCUCGACGAACUCGAAGAACAGCUCGAGGCUAUAAACGAGGUAGCGCGACUCAAAGGUGUCUUGUCUCCAGAAGCAGGCAAAGCAACUGCGCAGGGCACGAAAGCCUCCUCGUCGGCCGACGGGGCGCCAAAGCGGGCCGGAUCGGCCAGUGGCACGUCUGCCUCGCGGCCAGGGUCCAGCAUGUUGAGGACGAAGGCUGCAGAGAGCAAAGGCCCAGUCCGCAAAUCCAAUGGCACAUCAUCCGCUAAAGAUGAGGAGAAGGCAGCGUCAAAGGCUCCUCCUAAGCGGGCCUCAAUCGCCCGGCCCACAAGCCUCCUUCCACCCAAACCGCCUGCUAGGUCGAGCAAGCCACUGACCGUCCCAACCUUCGAGCUCCCAGGCGAGGCUGUGGCUCGGCGCCUCAAGGAACAGCGCGAGGCUCGCCUGUCCAUGCAGGCAAUUCCAGAGCAAGGCAGUGUAGCAGCCUCUCCUGCAAGGCCGAGGUCCAGCAAGCCACUCACGAGGCCCACUUUUGAGCUGCCGGGUGAAGCCAUUUCGCGACAGAAGAGACUGGACCGAGAAGAGAAGCUAAGGAAGCAAGAGGAAGAUGAGCGGAAUAGACGUCAAUUCAAGGCCAGGCCGAACCGGUCUAGCAUGGCACCUAGCACGUUGCCGCGUGAGACCAUCGCCAGCCGCGCAAGAACGAACAAAGGAGCCCUGGCUGAGAACUCGGCGAGAGCGGCGCCGUCGACUGUUAGCAAGCGGCACUCGAUCGCCAUCACGCCGGCAAACGGGUCGGCACUAUCCACUGGCGAGUCCUCGCGGACUGUCUCUCAAGCGCCAUCGCGCGGCCGUAACAGCGUCAUUGGCUCGCCGUUAAUCACUCAGGUUAGCAGGGCAACAUCGGCGUCGACAGGAAGCGUCCACGGCAGCGUGGGCAAGCGCAGCACGAUGAGCGCAGAGGAACUGCAGCAGCAAAAGCUGCGGGGCAAGGGUAUCUACGUCCGCGAUAACAGCUUCACGGUCGACCGGGAGCGUGAGCGCCGCGAAAGGGAGGCGGCCGCCAAGCACGCCCGGCAGGAGGCUGCGGAGCGGUCGCGGCAGCUCAGCCGAGAAUGGGCGGAGAAGCAGAGGCUAAAGAAGCUGGCAGCUUGAGGUGGCCUCCUUUUUUGUUUUGUGGACAAGAAAAGAAUGUGGGCAAAUAGGGACGUCACACUUCCGAUAGGUAUUGCUUGAUGGUGCGCCAAAAGUUUGUUUUAAGGAGGGUCAUACAGUGGGAUUCCGCUCCUGUCUAGUUAUAUGUUUUGUUUUGUUUUGUUUUAUUGGUUGUUUUCCCUUUUAUUCCUUCUCAGGCCAAAGCCUGCGUUUAUAUGCAUAGCAGGCACAGGUUGGGAGUUUUUGUACGCAUACUGAUCCCUUGGGGGUAUUUGCUUCUUCGCGGCCUUUAAAGGCAUGGACAGGGUUAGCGAGGAGUCUCCGUAUAUUGGUUGCCGCAAAUGGCCGUCGCUUGCAAGGAGACAGAAACAAAUCGCAUCAUUCAAAACAAUUGGGUACACUUCCUACUUGGUUCUAAGUGAUGUCUGUGAUAUCACUGAUAUGAUCAUUGACGAAGGUUGGUCAAUGUUGGCGCAUACCCCGGUCACAUUUGUGGA